CUCUAGAUGGUGUGAUGCAAUGAAACUAAAGAAGAAAGCAUUGGCCGUAAAGCAGUCUUUCUACUUUAUGUAGCUUCUAAGAACUUAUUGCAUCCAACAAUGCAGGUUCGUGGAUUGCUACCUCUGUUGGGUUUUGGUCAUGAACUUAGUGAAGAAGCUGAAGAAGAAAUGGAAAAGGUAGAGGAAUUGCUCUUGAAAAGUCUUGGGUGGAAGGGAAAAGGAUUGAUCAGGAGUGCAUGUGAAGCAGAAGCUAAUGCAGAUCUUCAUACAGACAAUUCAGUUGACAGGAAGAAAGAAGGCAGUCUCCGAUUCUAUAAACCAAAGUUCAAAUAUAUCUUCUGCGAUAUGGAUGGUACAAUGCUAAACAGCAAAAGUCAAAUUAGCCAAGGAAAUGCUAGUGCUUUGAAGGAAGCAUUAUCAAGGGGCAUUAAAAUUGUUGCAGCCACUGGAAAGACCCGUCCUGCUGCAAUACAAGUUCUAGAUGAAGUUGGUUUGGCUGGCAGAGAUGGCAUUCUUUCAGAGCACUCUCCUGGAGUUUUUAUACAGGGAUUGCUCGUUUAUGGUAGAGAGGGUCGUGAACUUUUUAGAAGGAAUUUAGAUGCAGAUAUCUGCAGAGAGGCAUUUCUUUACUCUUGCAAGCAUAAUGUUCCUCUUGUCGCAUUCUGUGAGGAUCGUUGCUUAACGCUAUUUCAUCACCCUCUUGUUGAUUCUCUGUAUACUAUAUAUCACGAGCCAAAGGCAGAGAUCAUGCAGUCAGUUGACCAUCUCUUGGCAGAGGCUGAUGUACAGAAGUUGAUAUUUCUGGAUACUGUUGAGGGCGUUAAAAGUACUUUACGUCCCUAUUGGACAGAAGCAAUAGGAGAUCGUGCCAACAUUACCCAGGCGGUGGCAGACAUUCUGGAGAUUGUCCCCCCUGAGACCUCUAAGGGGAAGGGAGUGAGAAUGCUGCUUGAUCACUUGGGUGUUAGUGCAACAGAGGUGAUGGCUAUAGGUGAUGGGGAAAAUGAUGUAGAAAUGCUUCAGUUGGCAUCUCUUGGUGUUGCUCUCAGUAAUGGGUCAGAGAAAGCAAAAGCUGUGGCAGAUGUAAUUGGUGUCAGCAAUGAUGAAGAUGGUGUAGCUGAUGCCAUCUAUCGAUAUGCAUUCUGACCUUUAGGUCCAGACUCAGCCAAUGGAGCGAGUUGAGCAGCAAGCUAGAGAGAGACGUAGAUUAUAAGGAGAAUCACAGGUGGUUUUCUGUCUCAUUCUCCGAAUGCUUUGUUCAGGGACGUUUCCUUUUUAACGAAUAAAAUAAUUUCUAACAA